UUAUCCUCAGCAGAAGCUAACAGUGCUAACAGUCUCAGAGCGGCUCGGUGUCUCAGAGCUGCUGCUGAGGCGCUGCGUAAUUUCUGCUGCUUUUUAAUUUAUUGGUUUUUAUUUUUUGUAAAUGUUCGGUAGGUUUAGAAUGAAAAGAUGGUAGUUAAAGCAAGAAAAGCGGGCGCGAAGGAGCAGAAUGAGCGGAGUGAAGGGAAGAGCCGGAGAGGGAGAGAGGGGAAGAGCGCGCAGCUGCACGGUAGAAACGCCGCCAUCAUCCGCCACAAGCUCGGCCUGAGCGCGACUCCCACACCGCCGCCGCUCCUCCUCCUCCUCCUCAGAGCGCUCUUCAUCUGCGCCCUCGCUCUUACUGCAGGAUUUCUCCACUGGUAUCACCUCUCCGAGCUGUUUGAGAACGACCGUCACUUCUCCCACAUGUCCUCUCUGGAGAAGGAGAUGGCCUUCAGAACCGAAAUGGGUCUGUAUUACUCGUACUUUAAGAGCAUCAUCGAGGCUCCGUCCUUCCUGAACGGUCUCGGGCUGAUCAUGAGCGACCGUCUCACCGAGUAUCCGCUGGUCAUAAACACGCUGAAGAGGUUUAACCUGUACCCCGAGGUGGUGUUGGCCAGCUGGUACCGUGUUUACUCCACCACUAUGGAGUUCUUCAGGAUUCCCACUAAGAUGUGCUGGACCAUCAAUAGAGGAGAAGAUCUGGAUCCUGUGGAGAGCUGUGAAGGUAUGGGAGAUCCUGCGUACUUCUACGUGACUUUUGUUUUCCUCUUAAAUGGAGCCAUGAUGAGCCUCUUUUACAUCUACGGAACCUACCUGAGCGGCAGUAAGAUGGGAGGAGCGGUCACAGUGCUGUCCUUCUUUUUUAACCACGGAGAGAGCACGCGGGUGAUGUGGACUCCUCCACUCAGAGAGAGUUUCUCGUAUCCCUUCCUGGUUCUGCAGAUGCUCCUCCUCACACACAUCCUCAGGACGAAGGACCCGAGCAGGAACAGCAUGGUGGCGCUGGGCGUGUCCACUGUCAUGUUCAUGUUGCCGUGGCAAUUUGCCCAGUUUGUCUUACUCACACAGGUGGCGUCUCUGUUUGCGUCCUACAUCCUGGGUUACCUGAGUCCGGCUAAGAUGCAGGCCCUACUGCUCACACACAUGGUGUCUCUGGGUGUGUGUUUCAUCCUCAUGUUCGGUAACUCCAUGUUACUGACGUCCUUCUACGCCUCCUCCCUCAUCUCCAUCUGGGCUGUAGUUGCUCUGAGGAAUCAAUUUGCGCAGAUGUUUAGAGCCGGAUUCCUCACAUGGGUGAUGCAGUGUGUGGCGUGGGGCGGGACUACAGUCAUCCUCAAGUUCCUGCUAGCGCUGGUACUCGGGGCGUCGGAUGAUGCUCACAUCAGCAGUCUGAUCAAGUCCAAGUUCACCAGCUACAAGGACUUUGAUACGAUGAUGUACACCUGCGCAGCUGAGUUCGACUUCAUGGAGGUGGAGACGGUUCUGCGCUAUGUUAAAACCCUGCUGCUGCCCGUGAACCUGCUGGUGGUUGGUGUUAUUGCUGUAAAGAUUAUAAAGGACGUGAUCGCGUUCCUCAGACGCCGGGACGGCGCCGAGCACGAGGGCGAUCAGACGGAGAAGUUGGCUAAGGCAGUGUUGGUGUAUCACACUCUGCAGUUGGUAGCCUUUGCUGUUCUGGCUGUUCUCAUCAUGAGGCUGAAACUCUUCCUCACUCCACACAUGUGCCUGAUGACGUCACUGCUCUGCUCCAGACAGCUGUUCGGCUGGGUGGGUGAGAUAAUGAAGCAGCACACUGCCGUGUUUAUUAUCAUGUCCAUCAUGGCGGUUCAGGGCGUGGCCAACCUGCAGCAGCAGUGGAGCAUCAUGGGAGAAUUCAGCAACCUGCCACAGGAAGACCUGCUGGAGUGGAUCAAAGAGAACACACCACCGAAUGCAGUGUUUGCCGGUGCGAUGCCCACCAUGGCGAGUGUGAAGCUGUCAGCAGGCAGAGCCAUCGUUAAUCACCCGCACUACGAAGACGCAGGACUCAGGGAGAGGACAAAGCUGGUUUAUUCCAUGUACAGCCGGAAAUCAGCCGAGCAGGUGAAGAGGAACCUGAUGAGUUUGCAGGUGGAUUAUUUCAUCCUUGAGGAUUCAUGGUGCACGAGACGAACCAGGCCAGGCUGCAGCAUGCCGGAGAUCUGGGAUGUGGAGGAUCCGGUGAAUGCGGGUAAAACUCCGGUGUGCACGCUGCUGAGUCGAGACGCGCGUCCUCACUUCACCACCGUCUUCCACAACAACGUCUACAAAGUGCUCAAAGUCCCCAAAGCAGCGAAACACACCAGAUAACCACACGAUGGAGUGUGUGUGUGUGUGUGUGUGUGUGUGUAAAUGUAGCUGGGGUUUAUCUAGAAACCGUUCAUUGCCAAGACCCGUGUGUGUGUGUGUGUGUGUGUGUGUGUGAGAGAGACUUCUCAGCUGUGAGUAUUUAUUCAUAAGGAACGUUGUUGCUGCUGUUCAUCAGAUCCGUAUCUUCAGGAGGAAACGGUUUAAAGAUCGAAUUUUUUAUUCUUUGGUGUGAAAUCAGGAGCGACUCGUAAACACAGUGUUUAUUUUUACUCUCAUUGUCUUAAACCUGAAGUCCUUAAAGUGUACCGUUGCACAGCGUUUUAUCAGAUAAAGCUGUCUUUUUUUUUUUUUUUUUUAUUAACGGAAGUCUGCGCUUGCUGCUUCCUGUUUCAUAACCGUUCAGUGUUAUUUUUUUCUCUCACUUCCUGUCUGUGAUGCGGUUCGCUGAGUCUCUGCAUCUUCAGCAUCGUGUUGGACUUUUUUCAGACUUGGGAAACAUGAAACACGACGUUAUCUUCAGGUGAAUUUCCCAUAAUGCACUGUGACAUGAGAAACUGUGUCUGGGUCAUCUUCAUCUUACUGCAUGACUGCUCUCGUCCUGCAGUGCAUCAUGGGAAAUUUCACUUCUGGUAGAUCGAAUCAGGGGCUGAAUUCUAAAAAUCUAACUUUGAAGUCUUUAAAAUUUGUAAUUCAUAAAAUAUUUCAGUUUUUAGCUCUAAAAUCAGCUCCUAAAGCUCUUCUCCAGAGCGCUAAUGUACUUUAUGAAUUAUUCUUACACACAAAAAAAUGACUUUUAUUUGACCAUUUUUCUUAAUUCAGCUGUUAGGAGCUACUUUACGCUUCUCGAUUAAAGGCCAUGAUUAUUAUAAGAAUUUUUUAAAAAUUUCCUCUCAGCUGAUUUCAUAAGAUUUGUGAAAAAUGUGAUUUUUGUGAACGUCGCCCCCUGAUCUGAAUCUUACACAAUUUCCCAUGAUGCACUGUGAUUAAAAAUCUUCUCUACACACAAACCACACGUUUCAUCUCCUGGCCUCAGUUUGACUGUUUUUAUUCUUAAUUCUUUAUGUAACGAUGCUGCAGAUUGACUCUUUUUUUUUUUGCUGCAUUUCUUUAAUUUUUUUAUUCUGACUGUAAAAGAAUUGAACUUGAGAUCAGUGAGAUGUGGAAAUUAUGAAGCAAAAAAAUUCCGAGUGGAAAAUGUGGAAAAAAAACUGUAAAGUGUGUCACAUUUUUCCUGAUGGCCGAAUCCAACGGUAUUUUAUGAAUAAAGUUAUUUGUAAUUUUGCACAA